AUGUAGCAACGAACGAACAUUUCUUUAUACGCGUUUUCUCUCAUCACAUCACUGUCGUCCGCCGCCGGUUACUUACAACAACGAAUAAAUAAAUAACCAAAACUCGUUUAAUUUCUUUAGUAUUAUAAUUGUCCAACUAGAGAAGUGAGAACAGUGUGAUAUCCACCGGAGCUGUCCAGUUCCUGCCUUUAAUUGCUCAUCAAAAUUUCUAUAAUGUCUAACGAUCGGAUUAAAAACUUUAAAAAUUUUGGAAAGGACACGGACGAACUGCGAAGAAGAAGAACGGAUGCAUCUGUAGAGUUGCGAAAAGCUCGAAAGGAUGAGCAGUUAUUAAAACGACGAAACAUUGAUACGGAUGAAAUAGACAACGUACAUACAAAAACCUCAUGCACCCCUCUCGCUGAUUCAUCAAAUGGAACGUCCUCGACUAUUAAUGAGAAUGUGAUCCGAAAAAUUAUGAAAGAUAUGAACAGCGAUGAUCCACAAAAACAGUUUGCUGCAACCCAACAAGCUCGAAAAAUUCUUAGUCGAGAGCGUCAUCCUCCAAUCGACAUUGUAAUCGCCGCUGGAGCUGUUCCCCGUUGCAUUGAAUUUCUCAAGGAAGAUAGCAAUCCAGACCUUGUGUUCGAGGCAGCCUGGGUCCUUACAAAUAUCGCUUCUGGGUCCCCAGCGCAGACUGACGUGGUCGUAAGAAAUGGUGCAAUUGAGCCGUUUGUCAACCUUCUCCGAUCCCGAUACCCGCAUAUAAUUGAGCAGUCUGUGUGGGCGCUGGGAAACAUUGCUGGUGACGGUCCAGUUAUGCGAGACCUGGUAAUUGCCAAAGGUAUUGUUCCACCUCUGGUUGCCCUUGCAAAAACAGAACCAAAUUCAAGCAACUCUGCUUUCUUGAGGAACAUUACUUGGACUUUGUCUAAUUUGUGCAGAACUAAAAAUCCUGCUCCUCCACCUGAAGCCACACGACAGUGUCUCCCAGCUCUGGCAAGACUGAUCAAUAAUGCAGAUAUGGAAAUCGUUUCUGAUGCAUGCUGGGCUCUAUCAUACCUCAGUGAUGGACCAAACGAAAAAAUUGAAGAAGUUGUGAAAUCUGGUGUUGUUCCGAGACUCGUUGAUCUGCUGGGAGUUGAAGGUCAUAAUGUUGUAACACCAUGCUUGCGAGCUGUAGGCAACAUUGUUACUGGAAGUGAUGUACAGACUCAAGCGGUUGUCCAAGCUGGAAUUCUUCCUCAACUUCUCAGAUUGCUGCAGAGCAAUAAGGCCAAUAUUGUGAAGGAAGCUGCAUGGACUGCAUCUAACAUUUGUGCCGGUACUUUGGAGCAAAUUAACACUGUGAUCAAUGCUGGAAUGGUGCCCUUGCUCAUUACUGUCUUGCGAACUGGAGAUUUUCGGGCUCAGAAGGAAGCUGCAUGGGCUAUCACCAACAUUACUUCCGGUGGUGCCAUUGAGCACUUGGUAUACUUGUGCCAACAGGGAGCUAUUCCAGUAAUGUGUGACAUGUUAACAUGUCGAGAUUGGAGAACUAUUGUUACGAUUAUGGAUGGACUGGAAAACAUUCUAAGAGGUGCCCAAGACGUUGGUCAGCUGGAUAAAGUUGCCUGUGCCAUUGAAGAAUGCGGAGGACUGGACAAGAUCGAGCAGCUUCAGUCUCACGACAAUAACACCGUGUACAAUAAGGCGUACUGUAUUAUUGACCAGUUCUUCUCAGACGAGGGAGGGACUGAUGAAAAUCUUUUGCCCGAGACAAACGCAACUGGCGAUUUUCAACUAACUGUGAACCAGUCGGUCCCAGAAGGUGGAUUCAACUUGUAAACCUUUGGAUUUUGCUUGACAUCGUGAGUACUAUACAAUUACUUACUUGAUAAGUAAAUCUUGUAUUACUAGACUAAAAUUAAGCCGUCUUCCAUCAUCAAACCCUUUCAUAACGUGUAUUCAGAGAAAUCUGUGAACUUGUAUAAAAUUAAGAUAAUCUUUUCACAAAAUUAGAACCGUUCGUUAAAACAAAUUGAAGAAGUCAUUCAUUACAAUAAAAUCCGGUUUUUAUUUAUUCCAGUUUUUGUAUUUUGAUAAUAUUCAGAGACAGCAGUAUUCUUAAUUUAAAUUUAAAUAUAUGCCGUCCUUAAAAUCUCCAAGCAGAAUAAAAUGGUAGUGUAAUACAUUUGAAAAUAA